AAGAAAGCCAAGGGAUCGAAGUGGGAACACGGAGAAAGGGCCGACUCGACAAACCCGAACGCGCUGUCAGGCGAUGGACACAUGCAACACGCCGCCAUCCCGCCACAGUGCAACAUCGUCGAUCAUUCGCGAAGCUGGAGGAUCCGGAGAAGCCUCCCAUUGUCAGGCCGCAUUAAGCUUCCUGUCUCAUCCCAUCUUGCCUACCAUCUUCUCACUUGACUUACGGUAGAGUCCCAGCAUCUUCAUUAAUCUCAAUUGAUAUUCGUCCGGUGGGCGCAGCAAAAGCUCGCACUGACCUCCCCCCUCCCAGCAUCAUCGUCCCAUCUCCCACUGGAUCACCACACGGUCAAGACGUCGCCUCCCGGCUCCGCUAAUUCCUCUCCACAACUCGCCAAAUUUUUUCUUGGACGGGGCUCCAGUCCCUGAAAAGCUCGUCCUGUUCAAACCUCCCCCCUUACUUCGUCACCAUUCCCGUGCGUAGUGGACGGCACGGCACACAAGCCAAAAGCGAACCAUGCGUCCUACUACUGCAGCAGCGCCGGGCGAGGACAUGUCUGGCACCGACAUGAAGUCCGAGAAGCACGGAGGAGGAGGAGGGCCCGAGAACGAGAUCGGGCCCGGCGGCGAGGCGGGUGUGGAUACUCCUAUUCGCUCUCUUCCGCCCAAGGGCGACGAGACGGGCAAGUCGUCACGCGACAGAGAGGAAGUCGUCGACACGAGCGACUUGGAGGUCGGCACCAACCAGACCGACUCGAUGAGAGAUGCCAAGGGCAAGGGAGCGAAAGUGGCCCGGUUCUAUAGGAAGUUCAAGCUUCCGAUCCACGUGUUUGUAUGGAUGUUGUUCACAGCAUGGUGGAUCGUCGGCCUCGUCUUCCAGCGCGAUAAGAUGGGCUGGUUGAAGUCUUUCCUGGUCUAUCUCGCCAUCACCAUACGCAUCGUCACCUUGUGGCUCCCUGCCGCUGCCGUCAUGGUACCGCUGCGCUUCGUCUGGAAGCACACCGUUGGCAGAGCGUACGACAUAAUCCCCAGCAAACUGCACCAGCCUCUUGCUGCGCUUCUCACCAUUGGCGUGUUCCUGGUCGGUUCCAUGGUCCCGGAGGAAGUGGGAGAGAACACUCGUGCCAGUCGCGCCAUCAGUCUCUUUGGCCUGCUUCUCAUGAUCGGUCUUCUCACCCUCACCUCCCGCGACUGGAGGAAGAUCCCCUGGCACACUGUCAUCGGCGGGAUGCUCACGCAGUUCAUCAUAGCCGUAUUCGUGCUCAAAACGGGCGUCGGCUACGAUAUCUUUGCCUUCAUCUCCGAGAUGGCCCGGACGCUUCUGGGUUUCGCAAAGCAGGGUCUCGAGUUCUUGACGUCGACCGAAGUAUCUGCUCUGACCUGGUUUCUCAUUUCUGUGAUCCCGGCCAUCAUUUUCUUCAUCUCGCUCGUCCAGCUGCUCUAUCACUGCGGGUUCCUGCAAUGGUUCAUCAAGAAGUUUGCCGUCUUCUUCUUCUGGUCGCUUCGCGUCUCAGGCGCCGAGGCCGUGGUGGCGACGGCGACGCCUUUCGUCGGGCAAGGUGAAUCGGCCAUGCUCAUCAAGCCGUUCGUGCCGUACCUUACGCUGGCCGAGAUCCAUCAGGUCAUGACCUGUGGCUUUGCAACUAUCGCGGGAUCCGUGCUGGUUGGUUACAUUGGCCUCGGCCUCGACGCACAAGUUCUUGUCUCGUCAUGCGUCAUGUCUAUUCCAGCAAGUAUUGCAGUGUCCAAGCUUCGCUACCCAGAGACAGAGGAAAGCAUCACUCGCGGUAGCAUCACAGUUCCGGAUGACGAGGAAAAGGCUGCCAACGCCAUCCACGCCUUUGCUAACGGAGCUUGGUUCGGUAUCAAGGUCGCCGGCAUGAUCGUCGCCACACUCCUCUGCAUCAUUUCCUUCGUCGCCCUCAUCAACGGCAUCCUCGGCUGGUUCGGCAAGUUCUUGGGCAUCGACGAUCCCCCAUUGACCCUUCAGCUUGUUCUGGGCUACGUCUUUUACCCCGUCGCCUGGUGUCUGGGUGUGCCCAAGAAGGACCUGCUCACCGUGGGAGAGCUCAUUGGAAUCAAGAUCAUCACCAACGAAUACGUUGCUUUCAACUCUCUGUCGAGCAAGGUCGAACCCUACAUCUCCAUGUCACCUCGCUCCAAGCUCAUUGCAACCUAUGCCUGCUGCGGCUUCGGCAACAUUGGUUCACUGGGAACUCAGAUCGGUGUUCUUUCACAGAUUGCUCCCGGACGCGCCGGAGAUGUGUCACGAGUCGCCUUGUCUGCCUUGUUCGCCGGCGUACUUUCAACCCUCACGUCGGCGAGCGUCGCUGGCAUGUUGUACACUGGCUAGCUUCGGGAUAGAGGCCGAGGCUUAGGCCACGACAAUAGAAUCACAUUACAUUGUAUCAUAUGUAACAAUAGCGGUAGGAAGAUUAUCUGCCGUGACAUGAUACUGCCUGCCAGAUGCGAAGCUAUCCGUCCUCUCUUCACGUGCCAGACGAGUGCAGCAUGCGAACACGACGCUCAUACUUCAACAGUCUGCGGAGCAAGUCUGGGCAUGCUACGCUGCUGAGGCUGAGUCGAUCGCACCGCAAUUGAAUCCAGGCCAACCACUCGCCGGGGGUCUGCGGGAGCCGCCGGACCACCUGAAUGCUAACCGCAGAGCUCUGAGAGAGCCAACAUGUCCCCUUCGGCAUGAGCAACUAACUUUCCUCAGCUGACCGGCAACGGAACUGACCGCGAGAGCGAUGAGGCCCAUGAGAGAGCUGUACCCGUCCUGCAUGCCGCUAACAAACCUUGUGCUUCGCAACGUGUCCCGUUGGGCGUCGCAGUCAAGACAUUCAUCUAGGCUGACUUCAGCUGGCGUUUUCAGCCUCCCUCCCGGUAAGGCGGCAGCGGCCGAGGCUGAAUUCUCUUGACCUCUGUAUCUUGUACUCUAUUCUAGGGACUAGGGACCAUCCGUUUCCCUACGGAAAAACAGGCAAGCCUCCGUGUCUCAAUUAGCGAGGACUGUGACACCAGAACGCUCUGCGCGGUAUCUGUCAAAAAUGCUUCCUCACUGCUCCGGAAUCAGGAGUUAACAGUCAUAGCCUCGGCCUCCGGUUCAUCCAUUGAACCCCUCUCUCGCUACCCCAUACCCCAGGUUAAUCAAGACAGCCAAGAGACGGAUUCACGAAACUCCCCGCCAUUUCACGUAAUAGAAUCUCUCUUGAACAGAUGGCAUAUGAAGUCUGAUCGUUGGGCGGCCAGAGUGUUUGUGGGAGAGAUGAAUGGCGUCAACAGAGGUUCCGCUAGAAUGCCAACCUCUUACGAGAAAUUUACUCCAUAGUACCAAUCCAUUACCCCAUCGCUUCCUUUUCCCCAACUGUGCGUUCGUCCCAAGCUUUUCCAAGAGCUGUUGAAUACCUGGAGAAGGCGUGGAAUUACCGAAUGCACAUGGGAAUUUCCAUAUUGCACUUACUGCCCUAGUUAGUCUCAUCUGGGGUCUGGUCAAUUUGAAGCAUCACUGAUUCGUGAGAGAUCAUGUGGAAGAGCUGGGGAAAAGUGACCCACUGCACACAGAGAUUCUGAAGCACUUAAUUUUCCACACUUUGAAAAACUUCACGAG